AUGCAGGGCGUUCCAGAAAUCCUCGUUGAACUGGUGAAGGCCCUAAGAGAUCACGGUUUGGACAUCGAAGGCAUCUACCGUGUUCCGGGUCGGUCUUCAAGGCUGCACAACUUCAUCAACUAUGUCAACGCUAAUCCCAGCGUGGUGUCAGGCAACCUGGCGGUGGCAACCGAACCCGAGACCCUUGACAGCCGCACGAUCUCUUCUGCAAUUAAACGAUUUCUUUCGCUCCUGCCGGAGAGUGUUCUGAAUGCCGAGGAGCUCCUCUGCGCUAUAAAUGAACGACUGGACGACAGGGAAGCCGCAUCGCUGACACCAGUAAAACUGGCCCGGAUACUGAUGGCAAUGCGAACUUUCCUAGAGCAAAAAUUUGAAGAAGUAGGUGUUUCCAAUUUUGCAUUGGUUUAUUCUGGUUGUCGUAAAUGGCUCUACAUAUUUACUGUAGGUAUAAGAAGGCCCAAAUAA